GCAGUUCUCAUUUCUAAGUAACGUUCUGGGUAUAGAGAUUUUGCCAGCUCAAUUCCCGUUCAACCUGGAAUCGGGUCAAUUUCUUCUUGGUUAGAUUUCGUACGGAUCAGUUCCUGUCGAAUUAUAGGACUACUAUAAUUCGUAUGAAUCUAUGAUUGUCGUCGUUGGACCAGUUUUUAGCCUUCUGUAGACUGGUUUUUAGACUGGAAUCCAACACCAGAAAGCUUGUGGAAUGUCGCGAAUAAGUAAUCCAGGAUUUCUUGUUUCAUGGGCUCACCAGAAAACCUCGGAAAGCAGCUCAUCAAACUGAAUUGCCUCCUUGCUGACUUCGCUAGGUCCCGCCAAUUCUACAGUGCUCUCGACCUCUUCCACCAUAUCCACUCCUCCCACCACCUCAGACCCGACCAUUACACUCUCUCCACCGCCCUCACUGCCUGUGCAAACAGCCAAGACACCGUCUUGGGCUCUCAAAUCCACGCCUUUGGCUUUCGAUCCGGGCUAAGAAUUUUUUCCCAUGUUUCGAAUGCUCUACUCUCCUUCUAUGCCAAGACCCAAUAUUUGUGUUGUGUUAAAAGGCUUUUCGGAGAAAUUGGGUAUCCGGAUGCUUAUUCGUGGACUACUUUGCUGUCUGCCUGCACGAAACUUGGCGAACUGGAGUAUGCAGUCCAGGUCUUUGAUCAGAUGCCGCAUAGAGACGUUGCUGUGUGGAAUGCCGUUAUUACUGGUUGUGCAGAAAGCGGCUAUGACGAGCUUGCGUUCAAUUUGUUCAAAAAAAUGCACUCUUUGGGCGUUUCACACGAUAAUUACACUUUUGCCAGUGUCUUGAGUCUUUGCUCUUUGGAGCUAUGGAGGUUUGGCGGGCAAAUUCAUUCAAUGGUGGUCAAGACUGGGUUUUUUGUUAGAACCUCUGUUAUCAACGCUUUGCUGACAAUGUAUUAUAACUUCAAAUCUGUUUCAGAUGCGUUCAGAGUUUUUGAAGACGCAGAGGACGGAGUUGUUGAUCAAAUAACUUACAAUGCAAUGAUUGCCGGGCUAGUAAGCCUGGAAAGAAAUGAGGAUGCUCUGGUGAUGUUCAAGCAUAUGCAAGACAUCCAUCUGAUGCCAACCGGGUUGACUUUUGUCAGUUUAAUGGGUUCAUGUUCUGAUGCAAGAAUUGCAGCUCAAAUUCAUUCACUCGUAGUAAAACAUGGUUUUCAAGAUUGCACUUCUGUCGGUAAUGCUGCCAUAACAAUGUAUUCCAAUUGUAAUGACUUUAAAUCCAUUCUUUUAGUGUUUGAAAGAAUAAAGGAGAGGGAUGUUGUGUCGUGGAAUUCCAUCAUAACAAACUAUGCUCAACAAGAGGAUAUGUUUGGAGAAGCAAUCUUGGCAUACCUUGCAAUGCAGAGAGAACAGGUUUCUCCUGAUCAAUUCACUUUAGGAAGCUUGUUAUCAAAUUCACAGUCAGUAAUUGAUGUCGAGAUAAUUCUAUCCAUCGCAAUUAAGAGUGGGCUUAUCUUGAAAAUUGAAGUUUCAAAUUCAUUAAUUUCUUCCCUUUCUAUGUUUGGGGAAAUAGAGCGGGCCUACAGGUUUUUCCGCGACGACAUGCUGUCAAGAAACUUGGUCACAUGGAAUGCAAUUAUUUCUGGUUGUCAAUCGAAUGGAUUGCCUGUGCAGGGUUUAAACCUCUUUAGUGAGCUUCUGGGGAUAGGUUUAAGGCCCAAUGCUUCCACUCUCAGCAUAGUCUUGAGUUUAUGUGCAACUAUUCCUUCUCUCCCGCACGGAAAACAGAUUCAUGGAUAUAUUCUUAAAUUUGGGUUAUUUUAUGAAUAUUCUUCUUUGGGAAACACUCUAAUUGCUCUCUACUCGAAGUGUGGGGUUUUGCAUUGGUCCGUGAGGGUGUUCCAGAUUAUGACUGUAGGGCAAAUGCAACAGGUCCUAAGAGAUGUUGUUACGUGGAAUUCAAUGAUAUCUGCAUAUGCACAACAUGGGAAAGGAAGGGAAGCUGUUUGUUGCUUUGAAAUGAUGACAGGUUCGGGCGGAGUAGAACCAGACAAGGCGACUUUUACUGGAGUUCUAUCAGCUUGUAGUCAUGCAGGCUUGGUUAAAGAUGGGAUACAAAUGUUUAACUCGAUGGUAAAUACUUUUGAUAUUAAGCCUGGAGUGGAGCACUUCUCUUGCAUUGUGGAUAUUCUUAGCCGUGCUGGAUAUCUUGAUGAGGCGGAAAAGAUGGUAAAUGAGAAAAGAGUUUUUGAGAUAGAAGAUCCCACUGUUUGGUGGGGUUUGUUCAGUUCAUGCGCAGCACAUGGUAAUGCAAGAUUAGGAAGAAUGGUUGCUGGGAUUCUGCUGGAGACUGAAAAGGAUAACCCGGCAGUUUAUGUGAUGUUGUCAAAUAUUUAUGCUGAUGCAGGGAAAUGGGAAGAAUCAGCUAGUGUUAGGGAAUUAAUGCAGAGAUAUAGGGUUGUAAAGCAACCUGGUAGUAGUUGGAUUAGAUCAUCAUAGCUCCAUAUUACUGUGAAGCAAUCUUGCUGAAAUUUUGAUCUAGGGUCAAAAUUGCACUAUAAUCUUAUCAUAUAGUUCAGCAGAAAGAAUUAUUAAUCCAACAAUUUUUUGGUUUCUUAGAGAUUAUAUCAAUAAUAAGAGAUUGAUAAAACAUGUAAUUACAAAGGAGACCAAUUUGAAUUAUGUGUGCAAAGACAUAGUUGCAAAUAUUUAUGU